AUGGCAUCACCCCAGGGAGCCCCUUACGGGGUUCUGUACGACUACCAGAAACCCCUCAAGGACCUCGCCAAUGCCAACAUCAAGUUCGUCCGCAUUCAAUGGAUCGACUACAUCAACACCGUCCGCUUCCGGGUCGUCCCCACUCGCUACUUCCUCGAGAUGCACGGGAUUCGCAAUGGAGCCGAGGCUGUCGCCCCCGCCAACAAUGUGCGUCCCGGGAUUGGGCUCACCAAGGCAUCGCUCGGCCUGGUGGGUCUCAAUGUCGCCCCGGGGUUCGGAGCGGUGGGGGAGCACCUGUACGUGCCAGACCUCUCGAGCUGGCGCGUAUGCACGUACGCCCCGGGUCACGCUUCGGUGAUGGGCUAUCUCCAGGAGAAAACACCGCACCCCCAGCAUGGGCUGACGGUACCGCUGUGUCCGCGGACGCUGUUGAAGAGGAUCGUAGACGAUGCCGAAAUGGCGGGCAUCCGCUACCUCGUCGGCGUCGAGUCCGAGUUCAUCCUCCUCAAGCAGACCCGUCCGGCCCCCGUUUUCGCCGCGAUCGGCGACUGGUCGUGCUCGUCCAAGACGCGCACCGGCAGCGCCGAGGCCGCGAUCCUCGAGCGGAUCGCGACCUGCCUGCUCGACGCCGGAGUCGAGCUGCAGAUGUACCACGCCGAGGCGGCGCCCGGCCAGUUCGAGGUCGUCACGGGCCCGCUGCCCCCGCUCGAAGCCGCGGACGCGCUCGUGUUUACGCGCGAGACAAUCUACAACGUCGCGCACUCGCACGGCUACAAGGCACCUUCGCGCCGCGCCUCCACGACGAUUCGUCACCUCCUCCCCCGCGCCCCCCGCGCCGCCGACGCCGCGCUCGCGCCGACGCUCACGCCCGCCGAGCGCUCCUUCCUCGCCGGCGUGCUCGCGCACCUGCCCGCCGCGCUCGCGCUCACGCUCCCCACCGCGGCCUCGUACGCGCGCAUGCGCGACGGCGUCUGGGCCGGCGGCACGUACGCGUGCUGGGGCACGUACAACCGCGAGGCGCCGCUCCGCGCGUGCGGCGGCGCGGGCGCGCACCACUUCGAGGCCAAGUGCGUCGACGGGACGAGCGCGCCGCACCUCGCGCUCGCCGCGCUGCUUGCGGCGGGCACGCGUGGCCCGGUGGCGGAGAUGAGCGCGGAGGAGCGGGAGGCGGUCGGGCUGGGAGAGGGGCGGGUGAAGAGGCUGCCGCUGAGCAUUGGGGAGGCGAGGGAGGCGUUGAGGAAGGAUGCGGUGAUGCGGGAGAUGCUGGGGGAGGAGUUCGUGAGUGCGUAUCUGGGCGUGAACGAGCUUAUGGAAAGGUGGAUGAAGGGAAAGGACGAAGCAGAGACCACGGUCAAGUUGGUAGAGUACUUUUGA